AAAUGGCCCAAAAAAAGCCCAAAAAAGCCCAAAAAAACCCAAUACCCAAAAACCAAAAAAAAAGAAAAAGAAAAAUGAAAAGAGGGUCUGGAAUCUUCCCCUUGGCUUCCUUCCUCUCUCCCGUCUGCAACCGAGCCCCCCACCUUUGUGCCCCUUUGCUUACCGCGAACCUACGCUUCUACCCGCGCCCAGAUCCCCUACUUCUACGCCCGGCCUUGCUCUGCACCCUUGGCCUUGGCGUGCCUGCUCCUGCAUUCUACGCCCAAUCCCGCGCCCCUGCCCUGCACAAAGCCUGCGCCGCUGCUUACUGCACCGAUCCUGCUCCUGCACGCUUCUGCUCCCCCUUGCUUGCUACAAAUCAGCCCUACACCCCUACACCCCCUGCUGCUCGCGCCCCCUGCCCUACACCGAGCCUGAGCCUCUGCUUGCUACACCAAAUCCUCUUGCUCUACACCAGAUCUCCUGCACACAUGCACUCCAGCACCUCCUGCUCUAUGCCCCUGCUGCUGCACCGAGCCUGCGCCCCAAUCCCCGCCUCUGCACUCUUACUCUUAUAGCCAUACCCUUGCCUCACCUACAGAAAAAACAACAAUACCAGACAAAUUGGCAUCAUUAGUGAUUGACAGAGCAAGGCCUUUUUUUUUGUUUAUUUCAUUUUUAUUUUAUCUUACCAUUUGGGUAUAUAUAUAUAAAGCAAAAGCAGAGUAAGGAGGGGAGUUGAUUUUGGAGUUCGAUUUUGGGGAUUUGGCUGGUUGAUUUUCGGGUUCUGUUUUUGGGAGCUAGGGGGAUUUUGGCUAGUUGAUUUUCGGGUUCUUUUUUGGGAGCUAAGAGGGUCUUUUGAUUGAUUUUGGAGUUUGGUUUUAGGGGUUUUCCUUUGUUGAUUCUUGGGUCCAAUUGUGAGAGAGUUUUCCAUCUAGGCUUUUGAGAGUAGAAGAAGGAAAUUCCGAGGAGAAUAGGGGGGUUUUCUUUGGUCUGUUUUUUUUUUUUUUUUUUGGGUGUUGACGACGUUGGCAAAAAAAGGGCAGUUGUUGGAAGCAUUGACGGGGUGAUUAGCUAGAGAUACCUUAGCCGAGGAAAAGUUCAUAUUUUUCUGGGUUUCCUGCCUUAGGUAAGCGUCUGGAACUGAGAGAUUUCAGGAGGGGUGGUGAAGGUAAUGGACGGAGCUUGAUCCCGUGGGUGGGGUUCCUCCGUUUGGAACCAAAUCUACUGCUUUCUUGGAAUUUCCACUUUAGAUUUUUGUUUGUGUUUAUGUGUCGUGCUAUUUUAGUGAUGAGUACUGAGAUUUUUACGUGUAAAAUGUUGAGAAAUGAAUGACAGAUUUGUUA